UGGUGGUGGUGUGGGUGGUGGUGGUGUUGGUGUUGGUGUUGGUGGUGUUGGUGUUGGUGGUGGUGGUGGCUGCGGCAGCGGCAACGGCAGCGGCAGCGGCAGUGGUGGUCGUAACGCUCAAUCACAUGCUUGGAACUUGGGGACGGAUAGCACAGGACGGAUUUUGUGA